AUGGCUGAGAAGUAUAAUCACAGGGAACCAGUUAAUGGACACCCCAGAAGAGAUGAAGAAUCGGCAGCUUUGCAAUCCGAGGAGCUCAAACGCCAGAAGAGAAUCAAGAUGUACAAAUACAUUGUUAUUUUCAUUGUGUUUCAGCUCAUAGUCCUGCCUGCGUUUGGACUCACUGUGAUGAAAGUUAAGACCCCAAAGUUCAGGUUGGGCAACAUCAAGGUCCAAAACCUCAGAUCUGUGCCAUCAACACCUUCAUUCGACGCAAGCUUCGCAACCCAAAUUAGAGUCAAGAACACAAAUUGGGGUCCUUAUAAGUUUGAUGCAGGAACUGUCACGUUUAUGUACAAAGGCGUGACCGUGGGGCAAGUUGUUGUUCCUAAGAGCAAGGCUAAGAUGCGUUCUACCAAAAAGAUCGAUGUCACGGUGAGUUUAAAUUCAUAUGGAUUGCCAAGCAGUUCCAAUCUGGGCACCGAAUUGAAGAGUGGGGUGCUGACAUUGAGCAGCAAAGGGAAAUUGACUGGAAAGGUUGUGUUGAUGUUAAUGAUGAAGAAAAGGAAGUCUGCUACCAUGGACUGCACCAUGACAUUUGACUUGUCAACCAAGACUCUCAAAACAUUACAAUGCAAGUGA